UGGUAUAAAUCCAUCUCCAAUUGAGAUAGGCUCUCAAGAAGAUGGCUAGAUGGUUAUGAAUGCCACACAAUGUGAGAGAGACGAAUGGAACAAGUUUCGAGACAAUAUUGCUACUAGGAUGUUGAAUGAUUACCAUCAUGUGCGUCAUAGUUUAUGAAGAUGUCUCGUUUUUUUAUUUUUUUUGUAAAAGGGAGAAUGGGAUGUUUAUAUUCGUUUUCCGUCACUCACUUGUCUAUAGUAUACAUUUCCCUGCUGGUUUAACAAAACACCCUUUUUGUAGUCCAUGUCAACUAAUAUUUAGAAAUAUGAUUAUGUUAGCCUGUAUGUUGCAAAAUAUCAAUCAAUUGUGCAUGACAACCUAGGAUUUUAUUGCAUAUUUUAAAAUGUUCAUUUGAAUCUAUGUAGAUAUCCGAAGAUUCGGAUAGAGAUAUGUCACCUAACAAGAGUAGCCAACAAUCGAUGCCUACGAAAGCAUCUUGUCAGGAGCCAAGUGUUACACCACGAAGAACCCCGAGGAAAAUUAAACAGAAAUCAAUGGUUGAAAAUGGGUCUUCUAAUGGUGUAAUGUGAUGGACCGAUGAGAUGGACGACUGUCUUAUUGACACUCUUAUGGAAGUUGUCGCAAAUGGCCAUAAGAGUGCCAACGGAUUUAAGAAGGAGACAUACAAGACGAUUGUCGAUACUGUGAAGGGUGCCAUAGGGAUAUCGUUACAGGAGAAACAUGUUGGGAAUCACCUCCGUACGCUGAAGAGGCUGCAUUUUGAAGGGCGCAAGGCAUUGAGUGCUUCUGGUUUUGGAUGGGAUGACGACUUGAAGAUAGUCACUGCUCCAGAUGACGUAUGGGAAGAUUACAUACGAUCACAUCCUUAUGCACAACAUCUACGAGACAAAGCAGUGCGGAGGUAUGAUGAGUUGACCUUCUUGUUUGGGAAUGACCGUGCUAGUGGACGUCGUUCAAGUACAGGCAACAUUCCAGAUUCUAUGGCUUCUAGACGAUCUAGGGAUACUAAUAUUUCUCCAAGAAAGUCUAUAGAUCUGAAUGACGAUACGCUCGUGCUAUCGAGUGACGAGGUAGGGGACAGUGUGGCUGACAUCCAUUGGUCGUAUCAUAGUCGCGACAGCACCCACAGGGCCCACCGAAGUCCAGAUGGAAAUGGAAACAACUCCGUGAACACAGACAACACUUCAAUGUCAAGGAAGAGAGCAAAAUUGAGUCGCCCUUGUGACGUCAUUGGGCAAGGAAUGAGUGAGGUUGCCAAAGCAGUGAAGUCACUAACUAUAACCAUUCACCAAAGAAAGGACAUGGUACACAUGUCGCAGAUUAUUCUCGCCUUGGAGCAGAUUGAAGGGCUGAUAGGACAUGAGAUCCUUCGUGCUAUAACGAUUCUAUCGAAAGAUGAGCAACAGUCUGCCUCCUUCCUUUCACUCCCUAAGUACAGGAGGUUAGACUUUGUGUUGAUGUUGCUUGCAUCGGACCACUCCUCUGACUGAGCGCACUUGGAUGUAUAUG